AUGUCAAGGAGCUCGAAGAGUUCUGAUGAGGUUUAUUCGUGGCAUGGUGAUACACCCAUUAAGGUUGAUAAGGUAAUCAAGAAGAGAAGAGGUCCGCGCGAUUAUGUUUUGAACGUGACUGAGCUGCCUAUUGUUCCAGAUGCUCGUCGAGUCCCACAAGUACAGAAGAUGGGAUUUUCGGCACCGUCGGUGCCGGUGGUGGAGACUGCAGCUCCUAAUCCUGAGAAAAGCGAAACCGUAGAGGAACAGGAGAUGGUCAAUCCACUUGAACAGGAUAACCUCUCGCUACUGAAUAUGGGAAUUGACUCAAUGACCAAUAGGAGUACAGAUCCAGUUAUGUUCAAACACGAGUUUGCGCCCGACUCGGAGGGCCUGGUAUGGUUGGACCCGCACACCACGUUUAGUGAGUCCAUCCUGGCUGCGUAUCGCAACUAUCUCAAAGCCGUGAUAAGGCAAGACGAUGGGGCCAUCAUGUUCAAUGACCUUAAGAUUACGAAGGCAAAACGAGUGCCACAAUUGCGGUUUCCCGUGAUUAUUCAGAUACAACGCGCUCGGCAUACCGUGCCGCUUCCAGAUGAGAUCCUCCUUCGCUAUGGUGGAUUCAUGGGAGAGUCUGGAUUGCACGAGAAAGAGGCCCCCGGCAUUUUGUGCCAGAUUUUGGCGACUGAAGAGGCUGAACAAAAAUCAAAGGGCCAGGAAUCGGAUUCUACGAAAUAUACGAAAGAAGAGGCUGUAGAUAUGUUGAACAAACUAUAUGAGCCUGAGUCUAAUGUUCCGCCACGGAUCCCCAUAAAGAAGAGAAGGGCUUCAAAACCGGCUCCUUUUGGCGCUAAUACAAGAAGACUGCUGGCUGCUGUCAACUCGCGGAUGGAUUUCCUGAACGGCCUGACAAGAACCCAUAGAGAAGAGUACUACACCAGUCAGAUACUCAAACUUGAUGAUAAAUUGUCAACCUUGUGCAGCAGAUAUCCCGAGGACAAUCCCGAGUUUGCGGAAAUCGCCAAAGACUUAGCAGAGGCCCGCGAUUACGAGCUUCUCAGACUGGAGUAUUCGAUCAGAUACAGGAGAAAUCAGGCCACCAAGGAAUACUAUAGCAACGCUCUUGAGUCCUACAGACAAACGUGCGAGUCUUCGGUGACCAGACUCGUGAAGCUGAAAAACUUCCUCACGAUGCAGAAACAUCUUCUUCAGGGAAAAGAGACUUCAUUAGACAUAUCCCUUGCGAAGAGCGAGAAGCCUUGGAAAGUGUUCAAGAGCUCUAGUGAUGGCGGUAUUUUGAAGCUCGAGGUAGACCAGCCAAUCGUGACCAGAGAAGGUACUAUCACUUCCCCCUCCAAUUCAGUGCAGAAUUCAGGCUCAGAGCAGUCAACUUCUGAAGAAGACGAAAUGUCCAAGCGGAAGGUUAAGUUUUUCAAAGUAGCCAGCCAGCCGUUGGACGAGUACUCAUCCAUGGUGACUGACGAGGAGUUCCAGCAGUUGGUUGCGGAAGAUGCAAAAACUUACAACAGACUUGUGAAUCACUAUAGUGCAAGUAUGGGUCUGGAUUCGAUUCAAGACGCAAUUGCCGAUUUCAAAGCCACAGAGAAGGUUCAUUCGACUCCGAUGAGUUUCACCAGCACUUCUGCGAGGCACACUCGUGCAAGCAGAGCAAAUCUGGGCAUGUUAAACGUCAUAACCCAGAAUUCCGAUUCCGACGCAUCGGAACCUUCAACCACAACCCCAAGAUCUCCACGAGGAGAGUUGGAGAAGCAACAACCCUUGUUCGGUAAGCCAGAAGCGGCUCAAAUGGCCAGGGUAAUGCGCAAAUACACUGCUCCGGCAGGACUAGGGCAGGAUGAGAUAGACGAGGAUCUCCAGGCGUUGGGAGGCUUACGCGCGUAA